AGGUGCCGGUUGCCGUGGUGAUGACUUCCCAACAAUAUUAGCGACAGCUUGAAGGAGCUGCUAGCUAGUGAAGGGAGACAUUUACAAAGAAAUUAGGUAUAUAAACAGUAAAGGUGAACCAUUUUUAUUAAGUGGAGAUAUUUAAAGAAUUUUUCAGGAACAUGCAGAAAUUGCAGCUGACAGCUGCGACCCUGGACAAUGAGAGCAAAGAAAUGGAGGAGAGACUGCAACAGCUGAAAGAGCACAUGAGUAAAGAGAAGGAGGAGAGAGGGCAUUCAAGAGGAUUUAAAAGGGUGUCUGGACAACACGUUCCAUUCAACAGCAACUAUUCAACAAAGAAAGAAAAUGAAAAUGUAAUCCUGAAGCAAACAGGCAAAGUAAAGAUUCGAGUUCUGAAACCAGAAUCAUUUACAGCUCCGCUUCAGCCGCCACCUCCACCCUCUUUCCGUUCUGUUGCUCAACGGACAGCGAGAAGAAACAGAGUAAAGGAAGCGAUCUGUGGACCGUGUGAGGUUAAGACUGCAGGAUUGGUGCAGAUGGUGAACGAUGAAGAGGAAAAGGAGAUGAGGGGAAUUGAAACUUCCUGUCUUCUUGAUGGAAACUUCAGUGAGGAGGAGUCGGCUAGAUAUUUUCAGGAGGCUCUGAAACAAUGGAGAGGAGAGAGGAGAAAUGGAAAAGAACAACUCAUGGAUGCAACUUUGCCUCUUAAAUCCGCUACGGCAACCCAGGUCGACCUUCCAAACAGAAAAGCUGAAGAACGAAGAGGAGGGGAAGAAGAGACUCCCACCGUCAGGGUGCAGUUCACACAAAACAAGCUCACCUACAUGGACAGAUUGCUUCUCAAGAAGCACCGCAGGACACCAAUUGAAAAUCAAAGUCUGUCACCAAAUGUUGGAGCUGAUUUAAAAUAUCUACCUGAAGAAGAUACACAGGAAGUCGCUGCAUGCACCUUCACAGCAGAGGAAGAGGAUCUUCAUCUCUAUUAUGCAUCACUGUUUGCUCCCCCUGACAGCAGCAGCGGGACAAAGCCGCAGAUUGUUGCACCUGAACCGUGCUUUGUCAUACAAGUCUUGGAUGAGACAAGCAUAGACACGACUGGAGAACAUGCUCAAGAGCAGAAGACCGAGAAUAGAAUGGUUUCACUGGUUCAUCAGAUCUCUGAGACAGAGAAAAGUUUGGAUUCCAGAACUGCUCAGUCAGGUUCCUCCAGAGCCAAACACUCUUCUUCCUUUGCAAAACAGCCACCCAAACAGUCCGUCACACCAACACAACAGAAAGCAGGAAGGAACCUGAAGCCUUCACAAAUGCAGGAUACGGCUCCUAAGUACAGCAGGUCACACAUCUCAGAAGAACAUCUUCCACCUCUGACACCAGGACCUUUUCCCCUAAGAUCUACUUUCACAAUCUCACCACCAAGAUCCACCGAGUCUACCUUGUUGCCCAACAUCAAUUUCCCACCCCAACAGACAAAAUCUGAGUCUUCCUUCUUCCAAGAAGCAGCCGCUACUGCAAAGCUUUUGGAAGCAGCAAGAGACAACCUUACGUCCCCAAACGGGGGACCAGGAAAUCAACUUUUGGAAGAUCAAUUCACACUUGGGUCCUUCAUGCCUACCAGAGUACACCCAACUCUCACUACCCCAGAACCAGUUCUAUCACUGAGUGAUCCUGUACCAUGUCAGUUCCCCAUAAAACUCCUCAGUAGGUCCAUCACUAGAUGUGAAGAGUCUCCUGUUUUUACAUCAUCUACCCACAUUUCUUGUGCCUUAAAAACAAAUCAGUCAAAACAGAAUACAGAGUGCAUCGUAUCACAUCUCUCAAAAAUCAACACUGUCAAAAUGGAGGAAGACUUGGAACUGUCAGCAGACAGUGGAGAUGAAAUGUCCAGUGAUAGCCUGAGUCUGGCUUUAUUUGAAGAAGACUCCUCAGGCGAGGAAACACAGAUCCAAGGACAUUUAACAACAAAGAGACUGAAAGGAAAGCAGAGCUCUGCAAGUUGUUUUCAAGAAGACUCCUUUAUUCCUGCAGAGCCUGAAAAAGAGAAGUAUCUGCUUUCGGAUAAGCCCGAACGACAGCCAGAACUACUCAUGUCUUCCUUCCACUCCUCCUUCUCCUCCGUCCUUCCAUCUGUUUCCAUAUCCCCUCAGGUGAUGCAGAGCCAGAGUGUUGGGACUGGAUCAGAGCACUUCUGUGAUCUGAAUGGGUUUUCGCCUUUAGGUUUGGAUGUGGAUACUUGUCACACCCAUUCACCAGAGCAUGCCUUCUGCGGCAGGCAGUCUUCACUGCAUGACUUGAACCCAACAGGAUCUGUGACUGACUUUUCCAACAAGUCACCACCUGUUCCUGCUGGAGCUGUAAUCACAACCCCAGGACCUCCUUCAGUACCAACCCGUUCGUCUUCUCAGGCAGCAAGGGAGAUCAUGGAGAUCAGUAACAUGGACCCAGAGGGGUGUGAGGAUCCAGAUGUAGAUGCUGACACGGUUGCACACAUUCUACAGAGUCUGGAGCAGGAACUAGAAGCUACAGCAAAGGGCACUUAUGCUUUGUUAUUGGAUAUGGGAAACAGUGGAGGUCAAAAUCAGGAUUCAAAGCCCUGCUUCAUUUGGGGUGGGGUCAGUGAAGAAGAAAAGAAGAAUGAAGAGGCUGCAAAUAGAGACAGAGAGAGUGUCCUCCUGCUACCAUGAGUAAUGCUCGCACUCAUAAAAGUCAUGCAAGACAAAGCCAUAAGUAAAGUCACAUUAUAGGGUUGAAUUGUGUUUAUCCAGAGCAAAUGCCUUUCUAUAUUAAAACAUAAUCUGUCAACAAACGGUUGUUGUGCAGACAAACGAACAUAUAAAUGUAAGAAUUUGAAAGAAAAAAAAGCUGAAAAGCAUAAAAGCUGUAUUGAUUCAUGA